AAUUUCAGAAGCUGAUGGUCCAGGUACAGUGCCCUUGUUAUCCUGAAAAGCCAUUGAUUUUCCUUGUUCUAUCAUAGCUUUGGCAGGGGUUCUUUCUUUAAAAUUUAUGGUGUUCUCCGAAUUAAGCAUUUGGGAACUUAGAUUUUAGUGGGUGUUCUUGGAUUUCUUUGAUAAGUAGUUGUUGUUGUAGAAAGCACAUGGCUUGUUCUACUGCCGUUUGCAAUAAUGGGUUUUUGUUUUCUAGAGGGAACUUGGUAGACGAUAGUGGAAAAACCAAGCCUUGGAGGAGAUAUAGGACUGUUUCUUAUAGAUCAUUAUUAUGCUUUUCUUCAAUGGGGUUAGGGAUAUGUAAUUACUGCGGUAUCCAGAAUAGGUUUCCCUCUAGUUGUAAGCUUAGGCUACUCAGUAAUGGAAGAAAUGGGGUUCUUUCCCUGCGGUUUCAAGUUAGUUGUGGAGCAGAACAUGGGUUAUCUCAUAAGAAGGAAAUUGGGCCAUUGGUGGGUGGAAGUAGUGGAGAUAAUCAAUCCCAUUUUAGGAAGACAGAAAAUGACAAUCUGAGAAAGAGAUUUUCAUUGAGAUUACGGCCCAGGUUGUGGUUGUUAAUGACUAGAUUGAAGAGGGUUGCAGUUAGGUCAAUGUUAAAUGAUGUUGUGACCUUUGUGCGCAAGAAUUUAAGACAAGUGAUUCUUUCUGCUGCAAUAUCUGUUGCAUUAGGGCUAUGCUAUUUGGCACUGAGAUUAUCUGCAGCGCCAUCCCCGAAGCUUGUCCCAUAUUCUGAGUUGAUAACAAGCCUUCAAAAUGAUUCUGUCACAAAAGUUUUACUGGAAGAGGGUUCUCGUCGAAUAUACUACAAUAUGGACUCUAAAAGUUCUGAAAGUUCUCAAAUUUCAGAAGAAACAUUGUUGGCAAGGGUUGGUGCAGUUGAGAAUGUGAGUGAUAAUGUUAUUAGAGAUGAUGUUCCAAGAACUGGGAAAUCAAAGAAAUUGGAUAUUUUUAGGAAAUUUGUAAGACCUAGAAGUUUGACUCCUCAGUGGCAGUAUUCUACCAGAAAAAUGGACCAUGAUGAGAAAUUCCUUCUUACUUUGAUGAGAGAAAAGGGAAUAACUUAUAGCUCUGCACCACAAUCAGUUCUGAUGUCAAUGAGGAGUACUUUAAUAACCAUAAUAUCCUUGUGGAUUCCUCUAAUGCCUUUGAUGUGGCUUCUUUAUCGUCAACUUUCUGCUGCUAAUAGCCCGGCAAGAAAGAGGCGCCACAAAAAUGAGUCAGUUUGCUUUGAUGAUGUCGAGGGUGUUGAUGCUGCUAAGAUGGAGCUUAUGGAGGUAGUUUCAUGUCUUCAAGGCUCUAUAAACUACCAAAAGGUGGGAGCAAAAUUGCCUAGAGGAGUGCUGCUUGUGGGUCCCCCAGGGACAGGGAAGACAUUAUUGGCCCGUGCAGUAGCUGGAGAAGCUGGAGUACCAUUUUUCAGUGUUUCUGCAAGUGAAUUUGUGGAAUUAUUUGUUGGAAGAGGGGCAGCUCGAAUUAGAGAUCUUUUCAAUGCAGCAAGGAAGUGUGCACCUUCAAUUAUAUUUAUUGAUGAACUUGAUGCAGUUGGAGGGAAGCGUGGUAGAAGUUUCAAUGAUGAACGUGAUCAGACACUCAACCAGUUGCUGACAGAAAUGGAUGGAUUUGAAUCAGACAUGAAAGUGAUUGUUGUUGCGGCAACUAAUAGGCCAGAAGCAUUGGAUCCAGCACUCUGUCGACCUGGUCGCUUCUCAAGAAAAGUGCUUGUAGGAGAACCAGACGAAGAGGGAAGGAGGAAUAUUUUGGCUGUACAUUUCAGAGGAGUUCCUCUAGAGGAAGACAUACAUCUUAUCUGUGACCUAGUUGCUUCUCUUACCCCGGGAUUUGUAGGUGCUGAUCUUGCCAACAUUGUGAACGAAGCUGCUUUACUUGCUGCACGAAGAGGUGGUGAAAAGGUGUCGAGGGAGGAUAUAAUGGAAGCUAUUGAAAGAGCUAAAUUUGGGAUUAAUGAUAGGCAAUCGAGGCCCAACAUAAUAAGCAAGGAACUUGGGAAACUUAUUCCGUGGAUGCCAUCUUUGACAGGAAGAAAUGGUACAAGAAAGGAUGAUUUACAAGGGCCAUUAGGCUAUCAAACUUUAAGCUGAUGAGUGUAAGUCUACUUUCCCAGGGCCUAUACGGUGUUUGUCAGAUCAGUUAAUCGUUUGGAUGUUUCUAAGAUUUUGUGGUGACAACAUUUUUAAUUUCUUGCUUCUGGGAAGGGAAUAUGGCAAUGUGCCCUCUACAGUUCUGGACCUGACUUAUUCCCUCUUACAGUUUUGGUCAUAAUUGUUUUCUCAGCCUUUUGGCUUUCAUAUUGAGAUUGUCAGCAGUGUCCAUAACCACAACAUCCUUCGUUUUCUUUCCGCAAUUUGGUUUAGUAUAAAUGUUUGAAUUGUAGGAACCUAGUAUUUGGUUGGUGGUAUCUUAGUGUUUGUUACACGAGCAGCCCCUCGUGAAUGCACCGGAGAGUUCAUAAAAUGACACAGUUUAC